AUGGAGCUGGCUUGCGGCAGAUGAGAGCGGAACAUACGCCCGGCAGCACAUCUACAAGAGCGAGCGAAACCCAGCCUGCCAUGCUAGCUGGAGAGCCAUUUGCCAUGGCUCGCCAUUGGCUGGGCUGAUGUCAGGGGACAGCAGCUGGGCUCCCUGAUCCAAUGAGCUGGUCCUCCAUCACUGGUCUUACCUGCCUGCUGUGCUGCGUCCUGAUGUCAGCUGGCAGGGUGUCUCCCCCAGGAAACCUGAGGGUGACAUUUCUAGACUUCAGGGGUGAGGUGAACUGGUCCUCUGGUAAAGGAAACCCACCAGGAACCACUUACACUGUGCAAGUGAAGCCAAUUGGAGAGAAUUGGACUCAGUUGGAAAACUGCAAUAACAUAGAAACUACCACGUGCCCACUCAUCUUUAACCUGACUCUGAACACCCUGAUGGAGUCCUACCACGUCCGUGUCAGGGCAUCAUGGGAAGGCAAAACAUCCAGCUGGACAAACCUAAGCACCAGCAUCCAACCGUACGGGAACACUCUGCUGAGUGCCCCAACGCUGGAUAUUUCCAUCCAGGAAAGAGAACUACAUGUGCACAUCCACAUGCCCUGGCUUGUUCUUGACCUUCUGCCCAACCUGAGAUACAAUGUCCAGGUCUUCGAGAACAACAGCGGCACCCUGCAUGUUGACAAGGUUAUCAGAUCCUGCUCGAGGCGCGAAGGUUCGUCCUAUGUGUGUAGGAGCCUGCACCUUGGUCAGAAUUACUGCGUAACGGCCACUGCCAUCCACAAACAUCAGCAGACCAAACCGCACCUUUCAUCAGAGAAGUGUGUGACCCUGCCAGACAACAAAUCAGAUAAACCGAUGCAUAUAGCUGUGAUAUCCAUCCUGCUUCUGCUGGUCAUAAUCGCGCUUGUGAUAUGCUUCAUGUACCUCUACAUCAAGCCGAGGCCAUCUGAUCUCUACACACCCAGUUCACUGAAAGCAGUUGGUGGAGCGAGCAGGACCUUGAUGGUGAUUCCAACUGAAGUUCCUUCCUUGUUUUCAUCGAUGUGGGUCAUCACCCCUUCCCUCAGUAGUAGCAUGACAUUGCCAGAGCACCAGUCAUCCUGCAACUGGGGCUAUGAAUGUAGGGUUGGCCUCUCCUGCCUGGAACAGACCGCCAAUCUUCCCCUACUGCCAGCGGAAGAAGAAGAACUGGAAGAACAUCUUCUCUCGCCCUGCCUGUAUUCUGGGGCGUUGGAUGAGAAAGAGCAGGGCUACAGGAUUUCGGAGGAGGGAAUUCGCAGCACGCAGCCUCGUCUGGAGAAAAUGGACUGGCAGCUAGACCAGGGUUACCAGGAUGUGCCUAUCUCCAGCCUCCACCUGUGUAUGGACACUGCAGAGCCCUGGGAAGGCUGUGGAGAGAGUGACAGAGUCAGCCAGGAGGGGGAGGAGACGGAUGAAGGAACGCAGCUUCCGGGUCUCCCCUGGAGGAAUUCUUCGGAGAACCUGUCCGGUUCGCCAGAGACCCCCGAUAAGCCAAAGACUCUUGAUAAGUCUGACCCUCUCCCCACCUUCCCCACCGGAUAUGAGCCCCAUGCCAAUCCAACGUCCUGUGAGCCCAUCUCCACUGCCUGCUCCCCCUCACCUACGUUUGGACAGUCGUCAUUGUAUUUAAAGCGGUGACCAGAGAAGCAUCGUCAGUGGAAUGAUCUAGAAGACUGUGGAAGGUAAACGGUAAAUGGUUGAAAUUCAUAUAGCGCCUUUAUCCAAAGCGCUGUACAAUUGAUGCUUCUCAUUAAACCAUUCACACACACACUUGCACACCAACGGCGAUUGGCUGCCAUGCAAGGCACCAACCAGCUCGCCAGGAGCAAUCAAGGGUUGGGUGUCUUGCUCUGGGACACUUCGACACACCAGCAACCCUCCGACUGCCAGGCGACUGCUCUUACCUCCGAAGCUGAAGUCGCCCCAGUGGAAGGAUCUUGAAGACUGUGGAAGGAGGCUGGGCCUCCAGUAUUAUUAUGUUGGGUUGAGUGUCAUUACUGUAAGUUCAUAGGUACUCUUGUAAUGCAAAUUGUAAAGCAAAGGCAAGUAUUACUUGUUGGAUUAAUAUAUCACAAGGUCAAUAUUGAAUAUCCCCGGAAAUGUUUACAGGAAACCGUUUGAUGAAGCCAGUCUUUAUUUCUAAAAUACUUCUUUUUUUUAUCUUGUAAAAGACAUGCAGUGUCAUCCAGUUAUUUCUGAGGAGAUACUGUGGAAUGAAGUAGAACAUAUUGCAUUGUGGCUCCUGAUUGUGAUGUGGUUUUGUGAUGUCUAUAUGUCUAUAUGUGUGUGUGUGUGUGUGUGUGUGUGUGUGUGUGUUUAUGUGUGUAUGCAUGUGUGUUUAAAAGGUGGUUCUUUGCCCUUGUCCUGCUAUUGUUAUCACCAUUAUCGAGAGACCUGUGGCUAAUGGGUAAAAUUCAUCAUACAAUGCUGAGAUGGACAGAAUCAGGGUGCUGUUUCUAGCACUCUAGAUGCAUUAUAAGAUAUAGUGGGGUGGAAAAAUUUGGGCACACCUGGUUUAAAUACAAUGAAUCUGUACAUGAGGGAAAGCAAACCUGAACUGUAAAUGUAAAGUUAAACAUGAGACUUUUCUGCAAA